AUGGUCCCCGCAGAGGCGUCGGCAGACGCCCCCGGAGCAGCUGCCGCCACAGGGCUCGCGCCCGCUGCUGGGGCGAAUGUCGCCGCCGAGGCUUCGGCGGCCCCUGCGGACGAGGUCGCCGCCGAGGUACCGGCGGGCGCCCCCAAGGCAGCCGUCGCCGCGGGGCUGGCGGCUGCUGCCGGGGCGGAUAUCGCCACUGGGGAAGAUGCCGCCGGGUCCCCCGAGGAGGGGGCCGCCGCCGCAGCGUACACCCUUGAUCUUCGCACGAUCAGGAGCGCGUCGUUGCUGUCGUCGUCAUCGUCGUCCACAGGGACGACUUCCUGGGACGCCAUCGGCUGGCCCGCCUCUUCGUCCAGCGAAUGGAGGGAGGGCCAGCUGGUCUCGGAUUCGCUCCCAGUCUCCUCCAGCACCUACUUCUCGCGAGAUCUCCUUUCUCAGGCUAACUCCCUCAAAGAUGCCGCCGAGCUUCAAUCCAAGAGCUUGGAGAAGAAACUUGCUGAUCUGGCCAGGGAGUCGACAGAGAAGCUGGAGGCUGAAAAACGCCUCGCCCAAGAAGCUUCGGCGCCCUUCUCGCCAAGGAGGCCGAGAAGGAGAAGACGAGAGCCGUCCGACUCCAAGGAGUCCUUGGUCCCCUCGUAG